CUCUAUCUCACACUCCUCUCUCUCACUCACACUCUUAUUCUGCUGCCGUUCUGGAGCGAUGGAUACUCCGAGAGCUCUGAGUCCAGUUCUGUCCAGACUGAUCCGGGACCUCCACUCGUUCCUGCGCCUCCUGGACCAUGAGAACUUGAGUAACAUCGCUCAGGCCCAGAGGAAGUCUCUGUGGGAACUUCUGAGUCAGAUCCCACAUCACCAGCCGGCAGUUUCAGUCGAGGACGCUGAGUACAUGGUGAUGAGCUGUCCGUCAUCGUCUCCUACCAACCAGCUGACCUCUCCAGCUGCUGCAGGUGAGUUCCUGAUGGAACCAGCCUGGGACCGGGUCGGGAACAGAGAGACUCAGACUGGGUCAGAACCAGCGGGGGAAGAUGAGGAGGACACUUAUGAGGAGGCAGAACCGUACGUCGGUCACGCUAUCACGACCGCUGAGGGCGCCCAAGCCGAGUGCAGCGUGUAUGAGUCAUACGGAGAGGAAGAGGAGGAAGAGGAGCAGGUGAAGGACCGAGCUCACUACAUUUGCUGGAGGGCGUCACAGCCCUGUCUGCGCCCGCUUGCUGAGUGGCGUCUGUGUGCGUACCUGUGGAGGAGGAGGUGGCUGCAGUGGAGCAAAGAGUGGUUCCUCAUCCAGAGAGACAUGCUGCUGUGUUACAGGUGCGCCCGCGACCUCCUCCCUCAGCUGGAGUUGAACCUGCGCGGCUGUCGUCUCGUUCUCAAGUCCAGCACCAACAAAAAGAUCCCGCAGCAGCUCAAACUGACCCUGAGCGGCCCACCAGUCCAGAUCCUGGUGCUGGGCUUCAGCAGCUUCCAGCAGGCAGAGGAGUGGAGAAGGGUCCUGCAGGAGGUCAGUGCUGGUGCCGACGCGGGUUCUGGGACCGCGUCCACCUCUAGCCGGUCCGGUUCACUCCAGAGUGACUCUGAGGAGGACCGGUUCUCCUCUCACAGUGGACCGCACUGCCAAAAGAAUUUGGACCCAGAUGGCCCGGAUGUGCUGAACGUGCUGAUGAGCUAUCAGUGGCAGAGCCUGCGGUGUCGGGUUGAGCCGGGCCGACUCAGCAUGUAUGCCACCGCUGUUGGUGAGGAGGCGGGUCGGGCUCAGUACACCAUCCAGCUCCGAGGCUGCCACAUCACAGCCGGGCCUGACAACAAGCGGCCCUACAGGAUCACGCUGAGCACUCUCGGCGACACGGUGGCCGUGCUGGAGGCAGCCAGUCCAGAACAGAUGCAAAGAUGGCUUCAGCGGCUAUUGGAGGGCGCCGAUGACGUGACACCCCGUGGACUACCUGAAGACCAGGACCUUCAGAGCAGACCAGGCCAAGACCUGCCCGUCUACUACAACGCCUGCCAGGAUUCUGGUCCGGCCCGCUGUGGUUCCACCGCUGAUUGUGCGACCUACAGUAAUGCCGUCCUCUCUGGGGGGGGUACGGCUCAAGUGGGGCGGAGUGUCCAGAAACUAGAACUGACCAGGAGAACGGAGGUGAAGAGGGCCGGGUCAGAGGUCAACCUGUCUGCCGGCAAACGGACCUCGUUCAGGCAGUCACUGUCCGUGUGUUCCGAGCGUGCUCAGAUGGUCCUCCUGAGUCCUCUGUUGAGACGGACUUCAUCACUCAGGCGAGCUCCGUCGCUGCUGCUGGAGCACGGGACUGUGAUCCAGAAAAGGAGGGCCUGGGAGAGAAGGGCUACUGCAGGACCAUGAGCCCCACCCAGGACCUUCAUGUCCAACAUGACCACCGUAUCGUGAGUUUCAUGUUUCUUAGAAUUGGAAUGAUAAUAAAAACAAUGCUGUUCCCAG